GAACGAUGUCGUAAAAAGGACAAUGCGCAGGCGUUUUUGCGGUCUCUCCCUCGCACAGUUUCCGCAACACCUGGCGCUUGCGCAAUAAGUCGGUUGGGUGUAUUGUGGCGGCCCGCCAGGCGGACUUAGUCCCGGCGCCCGGCAGUCUGCGGGCGUUGCUGUGCUGCGCGCCGCCGGGUGAUUACAUCGAGCCGCCGGUGGCCCUCAGGCCGGCGGCGCAGGUCUGCCUUGGUUCGCUGGACCUUGGUCUGUGAGCAGCCACAAUGUCAAUCUUCACCCCCACCAACCAGAUCCGCUUAACCAAUGUGGCCGUGGUAAGGAUGAAGCGAGCCGGGAAGCGCUUCGAAAUCGCCUGCUACAAAAACAAGGUCGUCGGCUGGCGGAGCGGCGUGGAAAAAGACCUUGAUGAAGUUCUGCAGACCCACUCAGUGUUUGUAAACGUUUCUAAAGGUCAGGUUGCAAAGAAGGAAGAUCUCAUCAGUGCAUUCGGAACAGAUGACCAGACUGAAAUCUGUAAACAGAUUUUGACGAAAGGAGAGGUUCAGGUGUCAGAUAAAGAACGGCACACACAGCUGGAGCAGAUGUUUAGGGACAUUGCAACUAUCGUGGCUGACAAAUGUGUGAACCCUGAAACAAAGAGGCCGUACACCGUCAUCCUUAUCGAGAGAGCCAUGAAGGACAUCCACUAUUCAGUCAAGCCCAACAAGAGUACCAAACAGCAGGCUUUGGAAGUGAUAAAGCAGUUGAAGGAGAAAAUGAAGAUAGAACGCGCUCACAUGAGACUUCGGUUCAUUCUUCCAGUGAACGAAGGGAAGAAGCUAAAAGAGAAACUCAAGCCACUGAUCAAGGUUGUAGAAAGCGAAGACUACAAUCAACAGUUAGAAAUUGUGUGCCUCAUUGACCCUGGCUGCUUCAGAGAAAUCGAUGAGCUAAUAAAAAAGGAGACAAAGGGCAAAGGUUCUUUGGAGGUACUCAGUUUGAAAGAUGUGGAAGAAGGAGAUGAGAAGUUUGAAUGACAUCCAUCAGUCUCCUCAGCUGCCAGACACUAAAGCCUUUUCGUUUCCCACAGUCCUCUUUUCCUUCUGUGAUCUGCCACAUACUUGCUCAGACGAUUUGACAUUUUCCAUCUGGGCGGUAAAGGUGUGUACCAAAAGACUUUCCUAAGUAUUAUAAUGUGGGGUUAAUUUAGUUUUAAUUAUAAAAAGGGGUUUAGGCAAAAAUGAGAAAUCCAAGAUACAAACUCCAGAGUAGCAUUCUGUUGCUGCCUCAUGCCUUUGUAGCUUUCCAGGGUGAAAGUUACUGGAGACCACCUUUGUGAAUAAGAAGUUAAAUUUUGUACAUUAUAAGAAGAUAAAUUUGGGAGAAUAUAACUGUGUGACAGAAAAGGGAGUAUUUGCCAAAAAAGAAAACAUAUAACGUCUUCUACUGAUGAAAUGUGUGUGUAGGGGUAGCUGACCUAAUAUAAAGCGUGGAUGAUGACUUCCCGAUGAUCUGAGAGCAGGCAUAGGGUGACUAUAGGACUUAAAUAAUACUCAUCAAACAUGCUAACGUAGCCUAGAUUAUUCUUCAUAAAAAAUAGUCAUUUAUUUCUUAUUCUUAAAGUUUAUAAUAUAUAUUACUAUAGUUGAAAUGAUAUAUAAUCAAUAAAACCAGUUUUUAUUUUUGUUAAA